AUGGCGGUCAAGGAACUCUUGGACAAACGAAGUCAAAAUACGUCGGCGAGGAUGGAUAUGUUCCUGAGUGAGUUCGGAGGCCAUAACCAGAUUUUGAUGCGCAGCAACGAUGAGACCUGGAGACGUCAGCGUAGAAUGUAUCACCAAAAUCUCAACAGCCAACAAGCAGACAUCUAUGUCCCAUAUCAGUCUUUUGAGACGACGCAGCUCCUACGAGACAUUUUGCACAGCCCGGAGAAAUUCGAAGACCACAUCAAGCGCUACACAACUAGUGUUGGAUAUACAAUUGCGUAUGGGAUGCGCGUAAGAUCUAUUGAAGAGAAAAAAGCAGCUAGAACAUUGUUCGAGGUGAGGACAGAAAACAUCGCUUGCUCUGCUGCCUCGUUAACUAAUGAACACGGAAUAUUCCGAAUACUACCCAACUAUGUUAUACCUUUCUUGAAAGAGAUUGAGAGAUUGAACCGAGUGGAGUCCGAUUUGUGGGAUGAGCAAUACCAAAUCUGCCGACGCAGAAUCGAAUCCGGCCAUGUUAGACCUAGCUUUUGCAGAGAUAUGAUCGUCACAAAUACUGUGAAAGCCGACUACCUGUCCGAGAGAGAGCUUAAAUUCAAUGCCGGUCACGCAUGGGCAGGCGCAAGUGACACUCAAUUCAACACGCUUUGGUUUUUUGUCAAGCAGGCCAUGAUUCUGUACCCGGAAUGUCAGAAAAGAGCGCAAGAAGAGAUUGACAGCGUAGUGGGAGCCAGCGCCCUCCCUCAAUGGUCCGACUGGGCUGCUCUUAGGUACACGCGCAGUAUAUUGAAGGAGACGUUGCGAUUCUAUCCGGCUACCAUUACCGGAGGUAUGCCUCAUGCAGUGACCAAAGACGACACAUAUCUGGGAUAUAUUAUCCCAGCAGGAGCGGGGUUGGUCAAUAAUGUCUGGACCUUGAACAAUCGUGUCGAGAACCCUCGAAAAUUCGAUCCCAGUCGCCAUAUCGACGAUUCUCGGAGUACGAUGGAAUCAGCUAUUCAAGCAGAUGCUACCAAGCGUGACCACUUCACCUUUGGAGCUGGUCGUCGUAUCUGUCCGGGCACCCAUGUAGCAGACCGCGGAUUGUUCAUUGCCAUUUCGAGACUCCUGUGGGCGUUCAACUUCGAAAGAAUCCUUGGUGAAGCUCUUGAACAAGAUGAUUUCGAACCGGGUUUCAUCACCUCGCCGAGGCCCUUCAGAUGCAAAAUAACGUGUCGUAACGAGGCUAAACGGACUAGGAUUAGUGAGAUCUGGGAGCAAUCCCAGAACUUCCUCGACGAGAAUGGCGACUACAUCCAAGAAUUCUACGAUCGCAUGGUUCGUGGUCAAGCUGUUACUGCCUAA